AUGGAUCAAGUCCGCCGUGAAGCUGCAGAGAACAGAGACAGUGAAGCUGAAGAACUGGCCCAGAAGGAGAUUCGGGAGAUCAAAAGCACAGCUUCCUCAAAACUCUCGGAAGGUCUCAGUCACGAACGUACUCAGCAUUUGAAGAAUUUGAAAAAGGAAGAAGAGGAAAGAGAAGACUUUGUGAAAAAGUACCAACAAAUGAAAGAAGAGGAAGGAAGGAAGCAUCGAGAGAAAUUAGCUCAAAAGUUGGCUCAGGCAGAUGAGCGAGUCAAUGAUGCAGGCAGCAAGUGUGAUGUCGUAACCCAGAUGGCUUUGGAUAAACUGAUGGAUGCCAGUCUCCAACUGAAUGAGGAAAUCGUGGAAGCCAAUGCUCAGAAUGCCGUGAUUGAGGUGGAUGUGACUAGAAGAUGCUUCGAUGAAGUAGAUGCUCAGAAAGAUAAGGACGAGUUUCUUUCCGAGAGACGUUCUGAAGAACUUAUAAAGCAACAUGCAGCCAUCCAGAAAGAAGAGGAAGCAGUGUCAUCUGCAGAGAGAGCCCAGAGAAAAGAGAAUGCAACUUUGACGCUUACUGAAAUCAGAAGCGAUUUGAAAGAGCAACAAAAAGUCGGGAUGUUCAAUUUGGCGAUUCAACAGAGCGCAGAUGAUAGGAAGAAUCGUGCACGGAUCAAUGCGAAAAUCAUGGAGGUGAAGAAUCUCCUGGAAGAGCUUGACAGAUGGUUCAUGAAAAUUUCUGGAGUUGUCGACGCUGAGCCGAAAAUAUACGAGAAGCUCAAGGCGAAUAAUAGAAUUGCAACCAGAAAAUAUCUUGGACGUUUCUCAGAAAUCCUUAGCUCAAUUUCAACGAAACUGAGCGAAGUUGAGCAAAAUUUGGCUUCGUUUGAAUUGAAAGAUGUUGAAAUGGACGACGUGAUCCGAGCUAUCAAAACCAAGAUUUCAUCAUUUGGCCAAGUGAUUGCCUAUUUGAAACUUAUUUUGGGAUUGGAUGGCGUUAUGAUUGAUUCAGAAAAAGCAAAAGAGUUUGCGAGAUCUAAGAUCGAAUUGUUCCAUUCGAUCAACAAAAUGGAUCUGGUUCCGGAAAAUCGGGUUGUUAUUCAAACCAAAAUUCAACAAAGACAGGAGGGAACCAUGCCAAAUGUUGAUGUUCAGGCAAUUGAAAAUUAA